GAGUUUGAAAAGGACACCUUGCUGUCAAACUGACAAACAGCAAAUACGAACAGCCAUUAUCAUUUCUAUCAGAAUUGUCAGAUGUGAUGCGGUUCUGAAAAGGUACUUCGUCGCCCCCAUCAAUUUAUUCUACUACAGUAAAUUUAAGCAAAAUCAUGUCUGUUAUGAGAACACAAGUACUGGUACGAUCCCUGAGCACUUCUGCUGCAGCUGCUCAGCUCGUGAAAGCUCCAGUUCAAGUUUUUGGAUUGGAAGGCAGAUACGCAUCUGCUCUUUACUCAGCAGCGUCUAAAAGCAAAGCUCUUGAUGCUGUCGAGAAAGAACUAUCACAAUUCCAGGCAUCCAUCAAAAGCGAUGCUAAACUUAAAGAAUUUCUCAUCAAUCCGACUCUGAAAAGAAACCUCAAAGUUGAUGCACUUAAGCACCUCGCAACAAAGACCAAUUUGUCCGCAACUACGAGCAACUUGCUUGGCAUCAUGGCUGAAAAUGGACGUCUUGGCAAAUUGGAGUCUGUGAUCAAUGCUUUUAAAAUUAUGAUGGCUGCACAUCGUGGUGAGGUGACAUGUGAAGUGAUAACUGCAAAGCCACUCGAUCAAGCCCAGCGACAGAAUUUGGAAGGAGCUUUAAAAAAAUUCUUAAAGGGCAAUGAAACACUUCAGCUGACAGCUAAAGUUGAUCCUAGCUUGAUUGGUGGCAUGGUGGUGUCUAUUGGUGAUAAAUAUGUAGAUAUGAGUGUUGCUAGUAAGGUGAAAAAAUACACUGAGUUGAUCAGUGCAGCUGCUUAAGAUAUUUUUUGUUAAGGCAUGCUUAGGUGAACCAAAAAUAAAUAAAUAGAAUCAC